AUGGUGUUUUCAGACAAGCAACUUUUUGAGAAGGUAGUCGAGAUACUCAAGCCGCUUGAUCUUUCUGUGGUUGACUAUGAGGAGAUUUGUGAUAGGAUGGGAGAGUCAAUGCGUCUAGGUUUACAGAAGAGUACAAAUGAAAAAUCAUCUAUUAAAAUGUUUCCAUCUUAUGUUACAAGAACACCAAAUGGGACAGAAACUGGAAGUUUCUUAGCUUUAGAUCUUGGUGGAACAAACUAUCGAGUGCUCUCAGUAACUCUUGAAGGCAAAGGAAAAUCCCCAAGAAUUCAAGAAAGAACUUACUGUAUCCCUGCAGAAAAAAUGUCGGGUUCUGGAACUGAGCUUUUUAAAUAUAUUGCUGAGACACUGGCUGACUUUCUGGAAAACAACGGAAUGAAGGACAAAAAGUUCGACCUCGGAUUCACAUUCUCUUUUCCAUGUGUCCAGAAAGGCCUAACUCAUGCUACAUUGGUGAGAUGGACAAAAGGUUUCUCUGCAGAUGGAGUAGAAGGUCAUAAUGUUGCUGAAUUGCUGCAAAAUGAGCUGGAUAAAAGAGGAUUAAAUGUUAAGUGCGUUGCAGUUGUAAACGAUACAGUUGGUACACUUGCAUCUUGUGCUCUUGAGGACUCAAAAUGUGCCGUUGGAUUAAUAGUUGGGACGGGAACAAACGUUGCUUACAUUGAGGACUCUUCGAAAGUCGAGUUGAUGAGUGACGUGAAAGAACCCGAAGUCGUUAUAAACACAGAGUGGGGUGCAUUCGGCGAGAAAGGGGAAUUGGACUGUUGGAGAACACAGUUUGACAAAACAAUGGAUAUAGACAGUCUUCACCCAGGAAAACAACUAUAUGAAAAAAUGGUAUCUGGGAUGUAUCUUGGUGAGUUAGUUCGCCACAUACUUGUUUACCUUGUUGAACAAAAAAUUCUCUUUCGUGGAGAACUCCCUGAACGUUUGAAAGUACCCAAUUCUCUGCUAACUAGAUACUUAACAGAUGUUGAAAGAGAUCCUGCUCACCUUUUAUACAAUACUCACUAUAUGCUUACUGAUGACUUGCGUGUCCCUGUUGUUGAGCCUAUAGAUAAUCGCAUAGUACGAUAUGCUUGUGAAAUGGUCGUUAAACGGGCGGCAUACCUAGCAGGAGCAGGUAUUGCUUGCAUUCUUCGAAGAAUAAAACGCUCAGAAGUAACUAUUGGUGUUGAUGGCUCUUUGUAUAAAUUCCAUCCGAAGUUUUGUGAACGAAUGACAGAUAUGGUUGAUAAGCUAAAGCCAAAGAGUACACGAUUCUGCCUACGUUUAUCUGAAGAUGGAAGUGGAAAAGGAGCGGCAGCCAUAGCAGCGUCAUGUUCACGACAAAACUAA